CGAGGCUGCGUGCAGGUGAGCCGCUGCAAGUUCAACGGGCGAUCCUGGCUUCUGCUACCUCCCCGCUAUUGCCCCCGGGUCUGCGUGAGGGACCCCCCCUCCUGACCCUCCGUCCUCUUGUCCCAAGCUCAUGCGGACCGUCCGGAUCGCUGCGAGGAUUGUCUUACACUGAACUGAUCAAAUACUUUGAAAAUGACUUCAAAACUCCUCUGGGGGUCCUUCGUACUUGCUGCACUAAUAUUCUCAGUUACAUUUUCUCUCCAACCAGACCAGCAAAAGGUUCUACUUGUUUCAUUUGAUGGAUUCCGUUGGGAUUACUUAUACAGAGUGCCAACACCCCAUUUUCAUUAUGUUAUGAAGUAUGGUGUUCAUGUGAAGCAAGUUACUAAUAUUUUUAUCACAAAGACCUAUCCUAACCAUUAUACUUUGGUAACUGGCCUCUUUGCAGAGAAUCAUGGGAUUGUUGCAAAUGACAUGUUUGAUCCUAUUCUGAAUAAAUCUUUCUCCUUGGAUAACAUGACUAUUUAUGAUUCUGAGUUUUGGGAAGAAGCGACGCCAAUAUGGAUCACAAAUCAGAGGGCAGGACAUUCUAGUGGUGCAGCCAUGUGGCCUGGAGCUGAUGUAAAAAUACAUAAUAGCUUUCCUACUCACUACAUGCCUUACAAUGAGUCUGUGUCAUUUGAAGAUAGAGUUGCCAAGAUUAUUGAAUGGUUUACAUCAAAAGAGCCCGUAAGUCUUGGUCUUCUUUAUUGGGAAGACCCUGAUGAUAUGGGCCACCACUUGGGACCUGAGAGUCCGCUCAUGGGGCCUGUCAUUUCGGAUAUUGACAACAAGUUGGGAUAUCUCAUACAAAUGCUGAAAAAGGCCAAGUUGUGGAACAUUCUGAACCUAAUCAUCACAAGUGAUCACGGAAUGACCCAGUGUUCUGAGGAAAGGAUAAUAGAACUUGAUCAGUAUCUGGAUAAAGACCACUAUAUCCUGAUUGACCAAUCUCCAGUAGCGGCCAUCUUGCCAAAAGAAGGUAAAUUGGACGAAGUCUAUGCAGCCCUAGCUCAUGCCCAUCCUAAUCUUACUGUUUACAAAAGAGAAGAGAUUCCAGAAAGAUGGCAUUAUAAGUACAACCAUCGAAUUCAACCCAUCAUCGCCGUGGCUGACGAAGGGUGGUAUAUUCUACAGAAUAAGUCAGAUAACUUUCUGUUAGGCAACCACGGUUACGAUAAUGCACUAGCAGACAUGCAUCCGAUAUUUUUAGCCCACGGUCCUGCCUUCAGGAAGAAUUUCACGAAGGAAGCCAUGAACUCCACAGAUCUGUACCCUCUGCUCUGCCACCUCCUCAACGUCACAGGCAUGCCGCACAACGGAUCGCUCGAGAGUGUCCGGGAUCUGCUCAGCUCAGCAAGCCCGGGAGCACGUCCUCGCGCACCGAGUCCCACGCUCGUCCAUGGCAGCCUGGAGCCCGGAGAAGACAAGCGUGAGGAGCCCUAUGCUUAUUUCCUAGGGGUGUCUCUCGGCAGCAUUUUGGUGAUUGUAUUUUUUGUAAUUUUCAUUAAACAUUUACUUCGCAGUCAAAUACCUGCCUUACCAAACAUGCAGGCUGAAAUCGCUCAACCGUUGUUACAAGCCUAAUGCUACUUUGAAGUGGAGAUGGUGUACUUAUUUCAGUGUUUAAAGGUUUCAGAUUCUAGGAAACCAGUUUCAGGCAUUUGCCCAGAUCAUUAGGCAGUUAUAAACAUAGACAGGAGCGCGCACGCGCACGCACACACACACACACACACACACACCCCAAGUACACAUACCCACAAAGGAUUAAAGUGGGGAAGUAUGAAUCUCUUAUUCUCUCUGGCUUAGGGGAAGAUAAAAUCCUGCUUUAUUUGGACAUGGCACAUAUCAUAUAUAUAUAUUUAGCACCUUUGCACUAGUUAAAGUACCUUAUGUAUUGCACUUUAAAUU